AUGAAAGCGACGACGUGGCGCGGCGCGCCGGAGACCCUACCCGCCAGCGCCAAGAAGAAGAGGAAGAAGAAGGCGCCCGCGCCGCGCGGCUUCAUGUGCGGCUGCGGCGGCACCGGGUCGUCGGUCUCCGUCGACAUCUCCGCUGUCACGACGGCGCCGGUGAAGAGAGACGACGUUUCAACGGCGGCAGCUUCUGCGGGGGAGCCAGCGUCGAAGACGACGGUGGGCUGCGGCCGCGACACCGACGACGACGCGAGCGCCGAGGGCACGCCCAGCGUGGACUCGCUGCUGCGGCAGCUGCGGGAACUGGAGCGCGGCGUCCGCGCGCUGGGCGUCCGGGAACGGGAGGAGGACGGCGACGGCGGCAGCAGCAGCAGCGCGGCAGGGACAACGACGACGAAGGAAACGGCAAGGCCGCCGCUGCGCCCGGGGCACGCGCGGAGCGCGAGCGUCGUGGGGCGGCUGGACUCCGAGAGCGUGGCGGUGGUGACGGAGUCGGCGGACCCGCUGGGCGACUUCCGGCGGUCGAUGGCGCAGAUGAUCCUGGAGAACGGCAUCACCGGCGGCGCCGAGCUGCGGGAGCUCCUGCGGCGGUUCCUCGCGCUCAACGCCGCGUGCCACCACCACCUCAUCCUCCGCGCCUUCGCCGACGUCUGGGAGGAGCUCUUCGCCGCCGCCGGCCACGCGGCACCCUCGCGCGGCAGCGGCGGUCGAGCUAGCAAACGUCCACGCGGUCGCGCUGACACGUUAAGUUAG